AUGGAGGCGCUGGAUGGCUGCCUGUUCUCGCCCUCCUUCUUCUCCGAGGGCGGCUCGCCCUGCUGCCUGCCUUCCCCCGAGGGGGAGCGGGGGGCGCCGGCCGAGGACUCGGAGCAGCACGUCCGGGCGCCGCGCGGGUCUCCCCACCAGGCCGGCCAGUGCCUGCGCUGGGCGUGCAAGGCCUGCAAGAAGCAGUCGAGCUCGGGCGACCGGCGCCAGGCGGCCACGCUGCGGGAGCGGCGCCGCCUGCAGAAGGUCAACCAGGCCUUCGAGGCCCUCAAGCGCUGCACGGCCGCCAGCCCGGGCCAGCGCCUGCCCAAGGUGGAGAUCCUGCGCGGCGCCAUCCGCCACAUCGAGGGCCUCCAGCACCUCCUGCGCCGCCACUGCUGCCGCCCGCCCGCGCCCAGCCGCUCCGAGCCCGCCAGCCCCACCUCCAGCUGCUCCGACGGCGGCGCCGCGGCUGAAUGCAACAGCCCCAUGUGGUCCAGGAGAAACAGCUCUUACGACAACAUCUACUGCUCUGAUCUCCACAAUGUCUAUUCCUCAGAUGCGAGUACGGCUCUGUCUAGCCUGGAUUGUUUGUCCAGUAUAGUGGAUCGAAUCUCUUCCUCGGCUCAGCCUGGGCUGCCCUUACAGGACAUGGCUUCCCUCUCUCCCGGUGCCAGCCCUGAGUCCCAGCCAGGCACUCCGGAGACCCCUCAUCCCAGGCUCAUCUAUCAUGUACUAUGAGUUGCCUGAAACUUGAGGACGUUGUUUGGGCAUGUCAAGGCACUCCUAGCAGCCACCAGCAGAGAACUCUCCACUGGAACGCAAGGUCCUUGGAAAGCCGCUACCCCACAAAUAUGUAUAUAGGGGAGAAGUCACUUUAAACUGUGUACAUUUGUGAAUAGUUUUAUAAGGGGAUUAAAAUGUAUUUAAUCAAGCCUCCAUAUUUUAAUAUUAUAUGUCAUAAAUAUAUAUUGGUUUUAAAUCGUAUCACACUAAAAUCUUAGUUAUAAAUUUGGAAGCAAUAGACCCAGAGGAAGCUCUGACAUGAAUUUUUUUGGGGAUUCUCCACCCUCCCCAUAGAAUUGGUUAAAUUAUAUUUUUAUAUGUGUAUUUUACCUCCUAAUAAAGACUGGCUAUGCUGGAUUGUUAUCUUUACCUGCCAAA